AUGCCAGAGACUCCAGCAUAUUUUGAAUUACUUAAUAGCAUUGAUCAGAGCACAUAUUCUGACCUACAGAAACGCCUCAGUUCAUCAGAUUGCAGAAAUUGUAGAAAUAAAAGACUCGACAAUUUUAACGAGAUGUUAGACGAGAUUAGACACUACACAAACAAAGCAGACGGAGAUGAUUGGAAGAGAAGCCUUGUUUGCGGGGUUUGCUUCCUCUCUGAUGGCAUAGCAAUCAAUACACAUCAACUUAGUAUUCUUAUUGGGAAAUGCAAGAGUUCAAUCAAUGGUUCUCUUCACAGACUGAAAUACGUUCCAUUCCCAUGUAGUAAUGCUGCCAGUCAAGAACUAGUCACACUUAUUCCAAAACUAAAAGUAAAUUAUAGUGAGUUAAGACAGUGGACCUUACGAAAGAAAGGUAUUAUGACACCUCAACCUAUGGUACAUGAAAAUAAGCCAUUACCAACACCAAUUUUCAUAACUCCUCAACCAGAACCAAAAGUAAACGCAAUGGUUCAACCUAGGAAGGAAGAAGCAAAGACAGAUGAUUUCUUCUAUGAUGAUCCUAUAAUGCUCCCAAUUUCCGGGUGGAAUGAUGAAAUAGACAUCAAGGAUCCAGCAGAAAGCUUUGAUCCAUCUUUAUUUAUGAGUGACUACUUGUAA